AUGGCCAGAGGACAAGACAAUAUCCAGUUUCUUGGUUUUUUUGGCCUUCUCAAAGAAGCCUUUGAUAUCACAACCUCAUAUCGGAAAAUUUUCAGCCAAAUAACAUUAUUCCUGAUCCUUCCUAUUUGUUUCUGUUACUUUGCUGAGAUCAACAAGCUUAAUUUCUUUUCCAGACAUGAAAUGUUUUCCAUCAUUUCAGAUGUCCUCUCUCUCUUGAUUGUCCCCCUAAUCCCUUCCCUGAUCCUUUUGAUCUUCUCGACAUCAGCAGCUGUACACACAGUCGCAUGCAUUUACACCACAAAAGAGGAAGUAACCUACAAGAAGGUCAUGAAAGCUGUUCCAAAGGUUUGGAAGAGACUUCUGAUCACUUUCAUACUCAACUUUGUCAUUUUCUUUGCAAUAAGCGUCGGUGCUGUACUUGUAACAGUUUUAUGGGGUGUGACCUUAACACCGACUCCAACUGCAAUUAUGGUUGCUGUUGUUUUACUCAUAUACUUGUCAGGACUCGUGUAUUUGAGCUUCGUGUGUUACUUGGCAAACGUUGUAUCGGUCUUGGAAGACCUGUAUGGAUUUGAAGCAAUGCUGAAGAGCAAAUAUUUGAUCAAGGGAAACACUGGACUUUGUGCUGCAAUUUUUGUUAUACAAAACCUCUGUUUCCUUGGGAUUCACCUAGGCUUUAAAGUGACUGCUAUGGGUGAAGUCUCUCUGUGGGGAAUGAUCUCCGGGGUACUUCUUUGGUCUAUGCUAAUGUCUCUGUUAAUUCUGUGUGGACUUGUCGUCCAGACAAUCAUCUACUUCAUCUGCAAAUCUUAUCACCGUGAAAACAUCUAUGUGGAAUUGGAAUCCCUGGAUGAUCAGUUACUGCAGUCUACUGUUUAA